AUGGAAAAUCAAACCCGGGAUUCUCUCUUUGGCCAGAGAAUUGAGAAUUUGGGCGGCAUUUUCCUUUCUCUCCUUUCUUAUUCAAUUUCACAAGCGCCUAAUUCUCAAUCAAUAGUUGUUUCCCUCAUUCUCUCUUCUUUCCAAAAUCACUUCAAAGAAACCCUAAAACCAUUUGUCUGCGGUUCAAGCAACAAGGUAAUGUUAAGUCUUCCAUGCUCCAAUGAUUGUCGCCACACUUUGAUCGCUGCCACUUCCCCUUUAAUUUCGGCUGUUGUUGUAAAAGACGUGACUACCGGUGAUUAUAUCUUAAACGGCGGCGAAACUUACGAUUUGGCAGUUAUUGGUUAAGAUAAGAAAUUAGGGCACCGAUUGAAUACGAUGUCGUCUUCUUCUUACCGGAAUCAUUACACGAAUCCGAUGAGUUGAUAUUGAAUUUGACGUUUGAAGUUUCGGCAAAGCUUAAAUCUCAAAGAGAGCUUAUUGAUUGAUUAAACUCCGGAAGGCAAACCU